GGCUCAGCUUGCUGGUUUGGUUUGGCAGCUCCCCAGUUCCCCUGAGAUCAGCACACAUACCACUCGUCCUCUGGAAAUUCCUCACUGGCCACAGGGAAACAGGUCACCAGCCAGGAUCUGGGCUCCAAAUUCAUGAGGAUCUCUCUUUUCAGAAGAAGCCAGGCCCAUGGGAUGGCUGCAUCCUCUGGGUCUGGCACUGCCAGCCUCAGUCUCUUUCUCAGGGAUGUAUUUGCUUCUGGUCCCCACCAGCUUCCCUCUGCUCCAGGAUGUUGAGAUACAGCAGUCUGGGCAAUUCACCACUGGUCACAGUGUAAAAGCUAUGCUUUACCCAGCUGCUCAACGGUUGAAGAGGUCCUCAGCUGCCUUCCUUAAUCCAGUGCUACAAAACUCCCUGGAAGAUGUGGUGCUGCUAUAUGAGUUUCUUUUAGCUGAGCUUGACAUUGACAAAGGUCAGAGGAUCUCCAUCAAAGAUGAGGAGCUGGCUUCGCUUAGGAAGGCUGCUGAGUUUGACACCAUCUGCAAUGAGGUUAUUCCCAAGAGCAUCACAGAGAUCCGCAGGCUGAGUAGCAGGCUGUCCUCUUACCCAAGAGUCCUCAAGAAAGAAGACUUUGAAAGGACAGUGCUGACCAUGGUCUACACAGCCUACAGGGCUGCUCAGUCCCAGGGACACCAGAAGGACACUUGGGUGGAAUCCUUUGUCAAUCUUUACAAAGCACUGAAGAAUGACUUGAUGUUUCCAUACAACAAAGAGACAUCAUAGAAGGAGACUCGAAACAGCAGCUGCUCAGCCAUUUCUUCUGGUUGAUAAGGGGCACACUUAGCACGUCCACCCCUUCAUUCUAUGAAAGGUUUAACAGCCCGCUUCAUGAGAGAUUAUUUGUUUUCUAGCUCCCUCUUGUGGAAUUCACUUUAUAGAUACAUGUUAAAUGGGGAAAAAGCUUGUCUUCAAUCUCCCCAGUUUUUGUUUGUUUGUUUGUUUGUUUGUUUGUUUUGUUGUUGUUCUUUUUUGUGUUGGCUUUGAGGCAUUUUCUGUAAAAGGAAAAUAGGGAAGUCUGGUGUAUAUCCCAGACAGAUAUGCCCUUAUUUCAUCUGUGUGUUUCUUACAAGCAAUGUGCACGUGUGCUGGAGAAUGCUGCUUUCCUCGCUGAGGAAAUAACUUCAUAUUUCCGCUGCUCAGUAAAAGAAUACUAAAAAGAGAUGCAAAGGCCUUCUGUAAAAGGAAGAGGUUUCAUAACUGUCAGCCUUCAGAAAUUAUGGAAAAUAUAUGCAUUCCAAAUAUUCCUGUAAACAAGCACUGUCUGACUCACUUCAUUUGGCUGAGCCAGUUUUUAAUCACAAUAACAUUCACAGAAAACAAAGGGCAUUGUGACUACCAGCAGCAAACAAUGCCUGUGAACAUAUUCCCCAGUCCCCAGAACCACCCUCCCAAUGUCUUUCAUUAUUUGCACAUGACUUUGCUUCUGCUCCUUUAUUUUUGAGUUGAACAUGGAUUUAUCCUCUGUGGAGUAAAAGGCAAAACAAAAGCUCUAUUUAAUUUAAUGAUGAAAAUUUAUUUUCUGAUUCUAUCACUUGAACUUAGAUCAUCUAAACCAGUGUGUCAAAAUCCCUCUGAGGAAGGGGAAGAAGGUGGAUUAAAACAUACAUGGUGCUGAAUUCAUCAGUGUGGCUCAUUUCUGAUUGUAAAUUAUGUUGUUCACCUGUGUAUAUGUGUGUGUGUUUGUGUGAGUGCAUGUGAAUGCAUGGAAGAGUCUUAUUUUAUUCACUCAGGAAAUAAUUAUAUCCAAGCACCUGGAAGGAAAGGCUUUUCUUCAGUCUGGUGGUGGGAAUAGUAAAUGUGGGAGCAGAGGAAGAGCAGUACUUGUUUAUAGCAAAGUCUGUUUGUAGAAGUCGUGCAACAGAUUAUUAUAAACUGUUAAAGAAAAAGUGUGGAGACUGUGGCUUUAAUGGACAGAGAAAGGAACUACAUCUUGUGACAGAAAUGGCAAACAAUGAAGGAUCCAAACUCUUCAUACUUUGUCCACAGGUUAUAUAGAUACUGGUUCUCUACUGGCGUUCGAGUUGUUUCUGCUUCCA